UUCGUGUUCGCAUUUGGCGUUCGGCGACGGUGUGCGGCUUGAGUUUCAAUUUAUUCAAUUUACCGUUAUAGUUACAAUUGAUGAACGCGACGACAGAGGCGACCACAGCGUCAGCUGAGGAGGCGCACACAACAACAGUAACAGCGACAGCAACGACGACAGAAACGCAGCUCAGUGACUCGCUAUCGCUUCUGUUGAGCAGCCGCGCUACAUCCGCCGCCUCAUCCUGGCUGCACGAGCUCGCCCAGCCGGGCGAGCACGAGCCGACAUCAGCUCUCCUCAAUUACUGUAAACGCAAGUUCCUGCGUCCCUAUGUCGCCAUACUGACUGUCGUUGGACUGAAUCCCAUUUCCACGGAUAUGAGCAAUGUGAGCGCCUGCUGUAGCUACAUCCAAGCGCUAGUAAUACUCUGUGUGCUCCUCAUGGGCUAUGUACUGCGGUAUUUGUGCGGAUACCGGGGAGAUCGCGGAUUUAGCAGCUAUCGCGACAUACGCCCCGGUGGCUAUGGCAACGCUACAGAUGUCUGCGACUCAUCUGGUAGCUCAAAAACUUCCAAUACCAUUGGGGAACUGUUGUUUGGCUACGUGGUACCCAGUGUCUUGAAUCUGUUAAGCUUCGUGUCUGCGGUGCUCGUCUGCAAGGUGAUCGAGCAUGAGCAGUUGCAGAAUCUCAUUGAGCGAGUGUUUCUGCUUUCGGCUAAGCCAAAGCGAUUGUGUCGCAUGCUCUGGUUCUAUCUGGGUGUGGCCCUAACAUUGCUCUUACUCCUCUUCGCCUACGCCUGCUGUGUGGUCAUCAUGCAGCCGGCCCAGAUUAUAAAGGUAGCUUGGCUGGCCGAAAAGUUACGCAACUGGGAGCUGUGCCUGCGUAUUGGAUUGCUGUGCACCAUAUUGCUGCAGGAUCUGGUCGAGAUAAUCAUUUUAAGUAGCUACUACAUUGAAUGCUACUUGCUGCGCGUCCAUUUGGAGACAUUGUCACACAAGCUCCUAAUGCAUUCCAUAGACUCGCUGGACUGGAUGCGUGAGAUUCUCGAGUUUCGGAAACUACUUGAGCGGGUCAAUCAGCAUGUGUCGAUCCCAGUCUGCUUCCUGAUUGUCAUGAAUCUGGCCUAUGCAUUUGCUGGUCUUGUCUACUUGUUCAAGGACUUUGAUUUCCAUUACUGUGCCCUUAAGUUGGUCUUGCUCAAUAUUGCCAAUGUCAUGUUGUGGCUAUUCUUGGGUCUCUUGCCCUUCUUUGUGGCCGGGUCUGUGACUCGUGUGUGCCAGAAUGCCCAGGCCAAUGGGCAUCAAAUACGCGUCCGUCCAUUCGUUUAUCACAACACAUCUGCCGAAGAUCUCAAUUCAACGCUCCUCUUCGCCUCAUCUCUGGACAUGUCUGCCAAGCUCUUCCGCAUGCCCAUCCAGUCCAACUAUCUGUGCUUUGCCAUACUAGUUGUCACCAUCGUAGUGCUCACCCUGGGCAUGUGUCUCAAUUUAAGCGCUCUUGGCAAAUUCUGAUCACACGCCCAAAUCAAUGCAUACAAACACAAUGAGCAGAUAUGAAUAUGUAGAUAGAUAUUAAUUUAAGACGCAGUAGACACAUUUGUACUUAGCUUUAAUAAAGAUUUAUCUAUA